CGUGUAUUCGUAUUGCUGGCUGGCCGGUUCCCAGAUCCUAGCUUAUUGGCUACAAGGGCAGCUCGUGUCCCAACGUUUGUACGGGUGGUGAAGAGGGUUAGUAUAGUUAGAGCGAAGCAGUCAGUCACCUUUCUGUUUAGACCCCUGGAGUAAUUUGCCAUGGCUCAGAGUAGUCCACCCCCCUUUGACCCCAAUCGCCCACCUUUGAUCGAAGGCUUUACGCCAACCGCCGUCCACCGCGAGAAAACCAGAGAAAAGUUCCUGCUCAAGAUCCGCGAGAACCCGCUGGUGCCCAUUGGCUGCCUUGGCACAGCAGGAAUUUUGACCUAUGGACUCAUCUGCUUCAAGAGGGGCAAAACCCGCCAGUCCCAGAUGAUGAUGCGGGCACGUAUUCUAGCCCAGGGUUUCACUGUUGCAGCCUUACUGGUGGGUGUGGUGGUUACAGCACUGAAACCAAGGAAGUGAACGUACUGCUGGUGUGCAGUAAUAUGUGACAAUCCUGUCUCAGUGAAUCCUUCUGCCGUGGAGAGGGUACUUGCAGGUUGAUGUCUUAUUGAUCAUUUUGGAUUGAACAUCAAGUGUCAGAGAGUUCCAGAUUCUUUUUAUAUUGUUAUAACUGUAUUAACACAUUCAAAUAAUUCAGCCUUGUCACUGGUGUAUAAGAAUUUUUGUGCACAGAUGUAGCCUUGUGAGACCAGUUUGCUGACAAGGCCAGUAUCCUGGAGUAAAGGUUAUUAGGAAAGCUUA